AUGACCGUUGAAUCUCGGGCAGCGAUCGCCAGAAUGUCGGCACAUGACACUACGCCUGGGCACACCUUCUCGACUCGGGACUUGAUCCGGUCUAUGACGGAGAAUCCUCGGACGGAGUUGUUAUUAGGCCUCGCCGUCUUCUCCCCGAUAAAAUUUCCAGUGUCGUCGAGGAGUAUUGAUCCAUCGCAACCCUGGAAAAAUAGUCUCACGAGUGAGGGAAGAGUUUCAAAGAGUCAGGAUAACCCCUCACCAGUAUAUGGAGGAGGAAUACCUGCACAAAGCAAUCGUGGAAGAAGAGACGGAUAAGGGAAGCGCCGAUGCGCUUCUCCUUUGAGAUCGCGGACUGAAGGACGGGUUUCACAGCGUCGAAGACGCCGGGGCAAGACUUGGAGUAAAAGUUCUUGGAGAGCUGCGCUGUGGCCCCACUUAGGAAAACGAGGAUGAAGACUGCCGGGAGGAUGGAGGACGCCAUCGGCGGCCGGUGCUUUGGACUGUGGCAGCGAAUGGCUCGUUAAGCGUGUGGCUGCCUAGUGUUCAGGGUGUAGCAUUUAUAGGAAUGAUUCUUCAAUGGAUGGAGAUCCAGGGGGUGGGGGCGGUAACAAACUAGAAAGGUCAACAAAUUGAAAUCCCACCCACGUGGUGAGUACGAUUACUCCUUAGAUGUCGGUCGUAUCAGUGCUAUGCCUUCCAUUGCCCCCCAUUCGAUUGCUGUAGCGCGAAGUGACAUAAGAUCUGCCGGCCGCCGGCACCCUGACCCUACGUCUUUGUUCCGCUAUAUGAGCCCUCCACUCGCGUUCUCUAUAUCUUUCUCGCAAGUACAUGAGAUGAUAUUUUGAUCAAGUAUAUUACAGUACGGGAUGAUAUCUGAAUUAAUGAAGUAUCAAGAGAGUAAAACUGAGCUUCCAAUAAGAAAAUGUUUCAAUUGAGGGGUUAAAGUCGUCUGGUCGGAGUAGAUCGAAAGGAUUGCCUUCGGGAUUUUCGAGAGACGGGGCUAGAAUAAUCCAGAAGCGUGGCCCAGCCCACAAUAAUCUUCUCAGGCUCGAACAUCGACAAUAAUUUCAAGUUAGAUUGGCUAGGCUAAGGUCUGUCCCUGAGGUCUAGACGCUUAGAAGCCCGUCGUCAUGUCCAUUCUGCCUCCGUCAAUGACGCCCUUCUGCGGCACUUAUUGUAGGACUUGCGACUGGUCGGACUAGAAAUCAUCUUGUAAAAAAGGAAUCCAUGGACUUGGACGUAAGGCCAUUAUCCUGUCGUUUUCUAUGUACUUGGUUGCCUCGCCGUCCGAAAGACCGACCGACGAAAGGUUCUGAAAAUUCGACUUCCACCACUUAAUGGGUGCCAUCUUACUGUUAUUAGUACUUUCUAUUGGAAUGAAAGCUAUCUUCCCCAUCACUCCCAUCUACCACCUGAUAUUUUGAAGGGUUGGAGGGGGAAUCACCCUAGCCUCCUGAGAGGGGGAUAGAGACAGACAGACAGACAUAUAGAGACAGAGGAGGGACUCCUUCCUCAAGGAUAAUGAGAGAAAGAGAUAACCAUAUGAAAGAGAAAGGGACAUAUGAAUGAGAGAACCUACCUAACUGUGCGGUGCAUUUACAAUUAUGGUCUUUCGAUAUCCUUCGUUGUCCCGUCUUCCCUUUAUGACCAUGCAUUCUGUGGGAUCUCCUAACACUUGGUGACGAUAACAGAUGAUAUAUCAGUGAGAUCCUUCAUCAAUGGGCUUCAUCACUUUUGUAACGAUUAGGACAGCCCAACUCAAACGGCCUUGUUGGGUCUGGGGCAGAAAGCCUUAUAAUCAGGCGCCUCACGGUAUUUAUAUAUUACCAUUGAUAUCGGUAUUUAUAUGUGUAUUCGUACCAAUAUAUAUCCCUCUCUCUAUAAAUAUAUAUUUACACAUUUAGUAUACAUAUUUUGUAUUAUUCGCACAUCAUAUGGGAGCAAUAAUCUGCAAUGAUAGGAUAAAACCAGAUUUAUUGCCCUUGUGGAAGCACUACGACACCAUUCAUCUUACUGGUUUCAGCAAGAUGCUCGCGCACGUCUACUAGUAUCGAAACAUCAUCACGACGACCAGUGGCUUCUCAGAACUGAUCAGUUGGUCUUCCUACAGUUGACUCUGACUUCCCCGCUCGGGGACAGGAGAGGGCUGAUUCUCCCCAUCUUCACCAUAGCAGUCGCGAAGUCGGUGAAGAAUUUCGCGGGAUUCUUAACGUAGUUACUCACCUGGGAAUCCGUAGAACCCCCAUUGUAGAGCUCCUGGUCUGAGUGGAGAAGACCCUUGUUGUCUACUAAAUUCUUGUAGUAACAGCCGUCAAAAAAGGAAGGUGUGAAUGUGUCGAGGGGGGAAAGUUGGUCGUCGCUGCCGGAUCUGGGGCAGCCGGACUGCUUCGAUGUCGCAAAGGAAGAGUUGAUAUUGCUGUCGUCGUACACUCUAUUGCGAAACGUCGUACACCUUGCCUGUCCAAUGGUGUGUGAUCCUUCGGAAUCCAACAUAGGCAAACACGAUUAGGCAAACAUGAUUAUUGAAAUAAUCUUCCACAUUGAGUAAGCUAAUUAAACUUGCGGUUAAAAUAUAAGGGCAAAUGAUGAUAAUUCCCAUUUCUUUUGAGUGGAAUCAAAUCCAUGGAUACCAAGAUUCUAGUUUUUAUCAUAGACGAGGCAUCCCAUCGGCAUUCAGCGCCUAUGAAACUCAUUUAAAAACUCAACUAACAUGUGAGAAUGGAUAUUAGAAUAAUGUGCACAAGUUCACUCUAUUUAUCAUCAAUCGGUUAAGAGUUAGGUGAUCCAACUCCUCACGCUUAGUUCUAGAUAAAUUGACAUUUCUAUGUCGUCUACAUGACACAACCAUCUAAAGUCAAAUUGCUCGCGUGUGGAUAUACCUCGCAUGCACCGAGAGGAUUAUAUUUUAUUUAGAGAUCUACUUAUCAUCGAUUGAGUUAUAUUUCGAUGAUCUGAUUCCCCUGACAUGGACGUGUGUUAACGGAUCGAGUCCCGGAAUGAGAGUUUUGUACCUGAUAAGGCGACCAUAUCGCUAGAUGAGAGACCCUUCUUGGCGAAGGCAGAUAUGAGGGUACUGAGGUCCGAUGUCGGUGCAGGAAGGUCGUUGUUGGCGUUGCUCAGGCUGGCGGUCGUUGAGUCUCUUCUUCCCAGCUGCACCGUCCACGAAGGCCCCCCCAGCUGCCACUCCCGAAGGAAGUACAAGAUUCCCAAUCAAAGCUGCGUCUUAGGGUUCUUCUAGCGGAGGAUGAUGAAUGGCGCUCCCUUACCGCAACAACUGAAUCCCGAGCUGCGACUGCGAGGAUGUCGGCACAGGAGACGACUUGAGGGCAGACGCUCUCCACCUGGGACUUAAUAGAGUCGACCACGUCGAAGCCACGCAAGGACAUGUCAUUGGGUCCUGCAGUCUUCUCUCCCGUGAAGCUGGCCGUGUCAUCAAGGAGAACGGAUCCAUCGCAGCCCUGCCAUCGAGAAGGAUCUCCAGUCACUAAACUUCUAUGUGCUAUCAGUCAAUGGGAAACACAGAUGAAAUCCCCCUUAUCUCCCCGUUGUAACGGUAGUUCGUCAAUUUCAAAGCACAAACGGUAAAUUAAAAAAAGGGCACCCUUAGUCAACAUUUUCCAGAUUCUUAAUGUAAAAAAAUCGAAAAACAUGGGUGAAUACACAGCUAAACAACUCUUCAGACAGGGUUCACCACUAGUAAUGAUACCCACGGAACCCUCAACGACUAGUUUCUAUCAGAUUUUUUUCUCAAACCUUGAAGAGCCCAUCCCACGCUUAAUGUCAUGAUUUAGUCGCACUGGGCUUGGGUUCAAACCUGGAGCCCUAAAAAAGGAAGAAGGGUAAGGGAGAGGAACGGGCAGGCUUUCCGUGUUGUCUCCGUUGUUAUAGCAUGCUAUGAGCUACAUGAUGCACUCUAUAAUUUAAACCAGAGACUCUUCUAGGGAGAGGACUUGCAUUCACAAAGCAGUCGUGGAAGUGGAGGCGAAGCAGUGAGGCCCCCAUGCGGUGUUCCUUGGCCACUGCAGCCCUGACUGCAGAUCGGAUCGUAGAAAGAGCCUUGGGGCAGGAGGAGUCGUAG